GUUUAUGUGUAUAAAGCGUUUUGUCGGUUACCCCAGAGCGAUAGAUGGCGGUAUCGAGUAAUUAUAGUGAAACAACAUGCUCGUGAGGGAAUGGCCCACUGUUACAGAAACAGCUGAAUUAUUAUUAUUAUAAUAUCAAUCUGAUCUGACCUUGUAGUCAUGGCGAGCUUGAUUCGCUUAAACACUUUCUGCCGAAGAGGAAUAAGACCUGUGCUUCUCUUCCACACACACCUGUCUCGUGGGUUGGUUUCCUAUCAGAAGAAACGAAAUACAGAGCCUUUCGGAGUGGAGUCAGGCAGGAUCCACACAACUUCAGCGCACUCCACACUCUCAAGUUCAAGGGCGGCCUCCAAGCACUGGACGGGUGAGCGGGUGUUGAGUAUAGUUCUUUUGGGCAUGGCUCCAGCCGCAUACCUGUGUCCCGGUCCGCUACUGGAUUACUGUAUUGCUGCGGCUCUCACGCUGCACGGACACUGGGGGAUCGGUCAGGUCCUGACGGACUAUGUCCACGGGGGCGCUAAGGUCAAGCUGGCUAAAGCUGGCGUCCUGUUGCUCUCCACGGCCACAUUCUUCGCUCUCUGUCAUUUCAAUUACCACGAUGUUGGUCUCUGCAAAGCAGUCGCCAUGCUCUGGCAAAAAUGAUUAUAUGGGCAGAAUUAAUCACCAUUUUAGCUACUUGAGGUCUGAAAAGGCGCCUAUCUUCAGCUUGACAGAUGACAUACCGUCUUCCUAACAUAUGCUUAAAUCGCGAUAUUUCACGCAAACUUUUGAAUCGUUGGCUAAAUGUAGAGCAAAUCUGUCGACCUGUAGGCUGUAUACAGCACAUUCCAGAUGGCCACUUCGGUUGUUAAUAUUUAGCUCUUCCCUUAUUAGUAGUGUAUAUGGGAACAAGAGAGGUUUAUUUAUUAUUUCAGCAGUUACUGUCAAUGUCCUGCAGAGGUCAGUGCUUUUCGUGUUUAAUUGGGAACGCUUGAUCAUAUUCACAGUGUCUGUGCAGGUCACAUCUGUGCUUAUGAUGUGCUUCAAAACCAAGAAAUCUUGCGUAUUUGUUUUUUUCUAUAUAAUAAAAAUGAAAAUAAAUAUUACUGGAGUUUGAUAUCUGUUCAGCAUUUUUGCUUGGCACCAGCAACUGAGCCUUUCAUAUGGAACCACUCACGGAUUGCAUGUUUCACAACAAGUUUGUUUUGUAAAGUUGAUUUGUAUGUGGACGGGCACCUCUCUGAAACCCCCGGCGGGACCUUGAUCUCUUCACAAAAUUCAGAUAAAUGGAUAAAAAUUGUUCCAGACUGUUGUGGACACAUUUACCUAUUUAUUUUGACUACUGCAUUUAGUAGUCAAACGUCUGUAAUUAUUCUGUACGCAAAUAAACCUGUGAAACACU